AUGUCAGAAAAUCGUGAUCAAAUUCCACUACCACCACCAUCAAUUAUAUUUAUCAUCAAUCAACAAUCAACAAAUAUAGAAAAUGAUCAUUAUCAUAAUUAUAGUUUAUGUGAAGGUGAUCAUGAUCAUCUAUCAGAAUCAAGUUCAACAACAAAUCAAGCUAGUCAACAAAAUAAUAAUAAUAAUAUAAGAUCAACACGAUCAUAA